AUAAGGUCGGUCUGCUUCAGCGACUAGCGCGCUUUGCAACGCUUCAGGUAUCUGGCUGUCCAGUUUCCAUCCUGACGCUAUGUGAUGAUUAAUAACGACAUUGAAGCUUCAAGCACGUCUCAAACAAAAUACGCAAGCUGCCGCUAGCUAGUCGGAAGUUGAUGCGGUAGGUAAAUGAGAUGUUGUAGAUGAGGAGACCCAGACACCAUCCUGCGGGUUAGGCUGUGUACGAGUAUCUGCUUGCAAAGGGAGACCGCUGGUAUGCUUGACCUGUAACGCCACUGGGCUUGUCUGACGAGAACGUGACAGUCAGCGUACUAAGCAUGAUAAGCGGUCUCGGUCCAAAGCGACUGCCUGUGACCUUUUGCUGGUAUCGAGUCGCGUAGCAAUGAUGCAUAGCCCGGUUGCACGUCCCGGCUAAAACUCAUCGAAAAAGUAAUAUUGACGACAUUCAGUAGACAUAUUUGUGCCCCUCACGCUGCCUUUAACCUAAUUCGAAAUACUCUCGAACUUCAUAAAACCGCAUGGUUGUGAAACCUCAUUUCGAGUGAGCACUUUUCUUUCGAAAAGUGGCAAAAUCAGUUUACUUUGUGUACCUGGGGACUUAGCGAUUAUCGUGCACAGAGUGUUGUUCAGGUUGACCAGAGCUUCAGACACUGUAGUUGCGGCUACUGGAGCGUCAAGCCUCACGGCCCCUUGAGCGGCAAAAUAGCCUCACAUCACCUGCGCUUCCGUGAUUCCUUUUCCCAUCUGUAUUCAGGAUCGUUCGAAAACGCGAAAACAGGGUCAUGGGCUCCAGCAACCUCAAGCAUUUUGCAUCGUGCCUUGCAGUUUCAGCGCACUUGUGGCACAGUUUGUAAGGAUUUGUAUGUUUUGAUAAGCUUUCCGUUACCCGGGAGGUUCUGUAGUGCCCCUAUGUACUGCAGGCCAAGCCGAUGCUAGAAGAACCCGAAGUCGAUGUAGUAAAAUGGGUGUUUUUUGAGCAGCCGACAGGAUGGAGUUCGUGAUUUUUGAUCUUUCUUUGACAGCCUCUGAUAAUGGCAAAUCUCAGCAAACCUCGUAGAACUGUGGUGAUGAAUCAUGAUACAUUAUGCCUUCUCAGUCCGCCAAAACGAACGAGCCUGUCGCGUCAUCUCCAGAAGACAAGAGGUGACUGCCGCUGCUGCUGCAGCUGUCAGUUUCUACAUUGUUGCGAGCGGCAUUUUGCUACCAAGCUCCGAUCCUACCUCGCUGGUCGCACCACCAUGGAGGCCGGCGUGCUAACUCCAAAAAGUCAUCGAUGGAGAACAUGCCGGCAGAGCGAGGCCAGCACUGCUGGUAACGCCGCACAAGACUCCAGUGUUCCGAGUGAGAUGUUCCAGACAACGUUGUCAAGGCUCAACGCAAGAAAGCUUCCUACAACGCCCUUACCACUGAUGGAUAAAGUUGUUGCUAGGUUCAUGAACAUUUCUCCAGAACAAUGGGAACGAGUCAAUUCCGCAAUUGAAUUCCUCAAUGACCAUUUCAAGGAUGAUUCUUUGAGCUGGCUUACGGUUCGAUGGCUAGUAGCAUCCCAUCCAGAGCAAUUUCUCCCCGCACCGUACAAUUCCUACGAGGAACUCCUGGAAAAUGAGAGCGAGACCAAACUUGCCAUCGAAAACGCUACGAAAGAGGCAGGCCGUUGGCGUGAAUCCUGUCACCGGUUGCAGGCGGAAACGAAGGCUUGGCAAAAUAAGCUUAACAAGGUAGAGGCAGAGAUCGCACGCCGCACUUUAGCUGCCAAAAGUGGCAGCGCUCAUAAUACGGCAAUGGCUCGAGACACGACAGUCCGUCGUCCUGAAGCCUUACAGCCAGGUACGAUGGCUGUCUCAAAGGGCUGCGAGAUAGGACCCUUCCACAUUCAUUGUAGAAGAGCUGCUAAGUCCCAAAGGUCAAAAGGCACAGCAAUUCAGAAACAAGAAUCCGCUUUUGGUCAGUUUUCCACCGAAGCUGAGAGUGAACAGCGUCUUUUCCACAAGGACAUAGACACGAAACAAAAGAGGAGGCUCCCUACCAAGGCAACACAGCACCCUUCGACUCAUGAUGAACAAGAACCAUCGAGCAAGAUGUUGAACCAUCCCGUGCACAACUGUACCGAGCAGUAUACUGGCGACACUAAUUCAUUCAGCGUAGCCAACAUGCGGUCGAAUGGGAGUAGUAGCAACAUGUGCACAACGACGACUACGAAGACAACAACUACCACCAGUUAUGCAACAGUAAGCACCAACGAAGGAAAAGACAGACACAGUAUUUCUUCAGACAGUGUGGGUCUGAACAAGCAGGAAGGGACGGUCGUACAAAACAGCGACGAUCCCGCGGUUAUGGUCGAAAAGCCAUCCGCCGCACAAGUACUAAAUCGCGUGCAAGACAUUCUUAGAUGUAUGAGAGGGGUCAGGUCAGAAGACGAUAGAAAAACACUACCGUCUGUUGCACCAUGUGGCAGCAAGGAGACAGACUCUGCACGUACUUCGACUUCUGGGCCUAAUGUGGAAGUACUAUAUGUGCAGUACAACCAGCAGAAGGGGAGAAGAGACAGACACAGGGACAUAUCGGGACUCGCAGCUAAUUCACCUAACGCUUCUCGCAGUCCUAUGCUUUGCCAGCAGGACAGGUCAGUUCGCAAGCCGUCAACGAAACCUAGUCGCACAAAGGGAUUUUCAGUGACAGCAGUGGAUCGUCUGCUCGAGCUUAAACAAACCGGGAGUUUAACCGAAUAUUCCAACCGUUUCAUGAACCAAUUCAGUAAAGGAACAGAUAUCCCGGAAUCUGUUGCAGUUCGUGUAUUUUUGGAAAACCUUUUGCCCGAUUUCAGAAAGCUCACAGUUGACAAACGUCCAGAGACUCUUGCCGAUGCUAUUCGACUCGCAUACCAGGUUGAGCAGGCUAUUCUAGAGAAACAGGACAGACUGCCGGGCUGUGGACACGUGCUCGGAGUUGCCAUUCAUCUGCAGGAUUCUCCGGCUGUAGCAGGACGUUGUGGGCAGUUUGCAGUGGUCGACACAGUAGAGAACUCCCAUGCGAGUCCCUGUGAUGUAGAAAUGGAUUCCUGCAUGCGGAGUAGUUCGACUGGCAACGGUGCAGAUACAAACCUUCGACUUAGGUCUCAAAGGGCACGUACACCCUGCCAAACGUCAAGUGGGCACUACCAUAACGUCUCCUACCAUGAAGCAGCUUCAUUCAAAGAACUAUCUGAAGGUGUUAUCCCCACCGGUUCUUCCGUAUGCCUCAACAGCCAUAGCAGCGACGAAGUGAUGGGAGAUGAGGACACGCUGCGACAACCAGCAACUUCAGACAGCAGAACAACGCCGGUGACGCGGCGCAGCACUAUCGGUGGUGGCGAAGGGGAGAAAGUAGCCGAAGCAACGUUUAGUGGACUUGCAGACAAUUGUACUCCUAAAGCCAGGAGGAAUUCGAAAUCGUCAACAUCCAUAUGUUCUAUUCAACAGCUGCAACAUAUCGUCCCUGGGAGUUAUCGAGGAAGAACUGCCGUAAGUGUGGAACAGCCAACACGUUCGGACGAGAGAGAGAGAGCUUUCUCAACAAGCAAGCAAUGUCACACGUCGGUGGUCUCGUCAGCCUCAGUGGCGCCGUUUGCCUCCUUCAAAUCAAGCUCAAGCGUAACAGAAACUCAGUCAGACGAUUCGUUCGUUUCGACUCUGGGGAGCUCAACUGAAAGCACCCAAGCCGUCGGAAAUCUACGCACUGGCGAAUCUUCCGCAUCGGUGUGGCGUGGAAAUGUCUCGAAUUCGUCAGAUGGCUGUGAAGACACACGAAGAAGCUGCAGAGCCGAAAGUGGAGAAUUUUCUGAUUCAAGGCACACAGGGGGAAAGGCAGGUGACGGAUACAAGAAGUCCAUCACCACAAGGAGGAGCAGAGGCACUCUCAACUGCACAUCUCCCCCAGAAGAACUCCACAGUCCGAAAGUCGUUCGGUAGUCGAGUUGCUUUCGACAAACAGAAAAAUGAAGGUGAAUGAGAAGAGAUGCCUACCCAUAAGCAACCAAGGGGAGAAAUCUAGACCCUGGAAAAUACUCCUAUAUUGAGGGUUCAGUGCUCGCACAAAAAUACACUACUACGUUCAAAGAAGCUGGUGUGUGGGCUAAACGACCGAUCAACACUAGUGUGCAGUCUCCAGAACGUUAUGACUGGGCGUGUGUAGAUCUAAUUCAAGCAACCAGGAUCUGUCACAAUGACUCUACGCGACUGCUACAUGCAGUUGCCACAUGCAUACGGAAAAGAAAGAAGGUCUUGGUAGUAUCCUGUUAUCAUCGAUAAAGAGUGAUACGAAGACUGAAUCCAGAAUCGGAGUCCUCGCCAAGGCAGGCGUGCGAACACGAUAUGCAUGAAAUUUUGAGGUGGUAGAACUGUGUUGUCCUUGUCACGUCUUAGGUACCAUGUCAGCACAAUAAUACACAGAGAAAACGACUUCGUUUGUUCUACUUCUAAACCAAGAAGAACUUUUCGCUUGUGGUUCUGCAAUGUAUGGUCAUGUCAUGCCGGCAUUAAUAUUGGUAUUCUGGAAUGCUAUGUGACCACAACGGUUACCGGGAAUAUAUGUACUUGCAACAAUCCAAACUGAAUUCCUAGAACAAUGCCAAUUCCAUUGGGAUUCCUUCGGAAU